AUGGAGUGGGACGACGAGGAAGAGGUCCUGGAUGUGGAGGAUUACUUAGACAGUCUCGAGCUGGAAUGCGGAGCUGGGGGAUCCGCGCCAUCUUCAGUCAGACAGGCUGGGAAGGCCGAUCAACCGAGCAACAACCAGCCGACGGUGACACCCGAAGCGGUCUCUGAGGUGGGCCCUGCUUCUCGCCCGCAGCAGCUGGAGGUGGGCCCUGCUUCUCGCCCGCAGCAGCUGGAGGUGAACCCUGCUUCUCGCCCGGAACAGGUGGAGGUGCCUCGCGCCAUCUUUCACAUCGUCAAGUCUGUCUUGGAAACUCAAGUGCUGACCAUGGUCCUUCCGGGCCGGCAGAUGACGCCUCACGAGCUAACUUCCCUGUGGGAGAAGGAGUGGGGUGUGAUGCAUGCCACAAGGAUCAAGUUUCGAUCCCCGUCGUCCUCGCCCUCAAAAUGGCUGAGCCACCAUGGCGACCACUUGCCACUGGCGCCAGUCGUCGUGGUGUUGGAGACCAAGGGCUUGGGCAGCAUUCUGAAUUCUUUGGAGUGCGCUUUUCGCCAGCAGCGGGGCGCCCAUGUGGAGACGCUCCGGCAGGGCCAGGAGUUCCAAUGGUCUUCCUGGACUCCACAGCAGGCUCUGGAUGAAAACCACCGGAUUCUGAGUGAGAAAGAGCUGCAGUGGCACCGCGAGCGUGCUGCAGAAGCCGAUCUCCCAAAACCCCCACCCCCACCCCAAAACCUGUCGACGCCCUUGAUCGACCCCUACGCGUCACCGGAAGUCUAUGCCGCCGGGGCACCUCCAAAAACAACCACGACAACCGCACCCACCACACACAAGCCACAACCCAGUGCCAGCCCCGUCACUCGCACGACGCCCUAUCCCAAAGCAGCAGUUUCCGGCACAACAGCUGCCAGGAAGAUGCCCCCAGAAACCACCACCAGCCCAGAACCUCAGAAGGCUGCAACAAGCGGCCCCCGACCAUUUCGGGAGAUCACGGCCACCAGAACUACACCUGCUGCCCCGUCGGCCCCGCCACAGCAAGGAGCCCCGGCCAAGGCCAGGACCGAGAAGCCCGCAGCCGAGGGGGAGGGCUGGGCAGCGCAGCAGCAGAGGCUGAAGAAGGAGCAGCGAGAAGCCCGGCUGGCCGAGAACCUCCGGAGGCGUCAAGCUCGCGGAGGGGAGCCCCAAGAUGUGCCCUCGAGGCCCCCGGCGGUUGAGCCAGAUGCCCGCCUCCAUCGUGCAGCAAAUCUGCAAGAUCCGCAGAGCUACGCCGCCUCCCAGGAGCAGAGUGCUGGACACAGUGCCAAAGCUGCACCAGCACCAGGAGACGGCAAAGAGCGCGAGGACCGCCGCCAGAGGCAGCCGCGACCUGACUCCCCGCCUUCCGAGAACAUGGACAAUCAUGCCGAAGACAACGAUUUCGGAGGCGUCCCUCUGCGGGUGCUGCGCUCCAAGCAGCUCCAGGGGAACGGUGGCGGCGGCGGGUUGCUCUCCUGGGGGAAGUGA